CAAUGCUUAUUUCCACUGACGAAAAAAGUGCAAGGCCCGUUCCUUUGAAAAAAGUUGUAAUUGAAGCUCAUGUCAUCGAUAUGACAUACGAGAACAUAGAAAAAAAUAAAAUAAAGGCUGUUUAUAAGUUUAUGAUUCACGAUACCGUGGCAGUUUGCGGAUUUGAAGCUACAAUAGAUAAUAAAAGAAAAAUCAUAGGAAUAGUUAAAGAAGCUGAACAAGCCAAGGAAUAUGAUGAAGCUAUUAAACAAGGUCAUGGUGCUUAUUUACUUGAAGAACAAGAUUCAGAAGUGUUCAAAUGUUCUGUUGGCAACAUUAUGCCCGGCCAAAAAAUUGAGAUUCAAAUUAAAUACAUGAUUGAACUUAAACACGACGCAGAAACAGAUAGUGUUCGGUUCACUUUGCCGGCUACUAUUGCUCCAAAAUAUGGAUCGCAUAUUUUUAAUCACAAAAAGAUGCGUCUUUUCGAUAAAAUUUCAGAUUUGGAUUUUCCCCCUCUCGAGUUUUCCAUAGUUUGUAGGAUGAAUUCACCAAUCUGUAGUAUCAAAUCGCCUUCUCACAACAUUACUGAACUAAAAGAAAAACCAAGUAUAUCUAAAGUUACUUUGAAUGAAAAUAUUCAUUUUUUAGAAAAAGACUUCAUACUUCUUGUUAAAAGUCAAGACAUUGAUAAGCCUCGAGCAUUUAUCGAAUAUAAUCCCAUAACUGAGACCAAUUGCUUAAUGCUUACUUUAGUUCCGACAUUCAAACAUGGCUCAAUUCAGCAUAAUUUAAUUAAGAUGGAAUUGAUAUUUAUUAUUGAUAGGUCCAUGAAAGGUAGAUCUAUUGAGAAAGCAUCUAAAGCUCUUCAAUAUUUACUUCUUUCUAUUCCAGAAAGUUGCUUCUUUAAUGUGCUAUCAAUUGGACACAGAAGAAUUUAUAAUUUCUUUGAAAAAAGUCGGGAGUGGACAAAACCAAAUGUCGAGGAAGCCAUCAAAAAAGUUCAAAAAAUCACUGCAAAGGGUGGCACACACAUUUAUGAAGCUUUAGAGUGGGUAUUUGAACAUUCACGUUCUGAUAUGCCAACAUCAGUUCUCCUGUUCUCAGAUUUUGAGACAUCGCAUACAAGUCGAAUUGUUAAACUUAUAAAAGAUCAUCAAGAAAAAAAACACGAUUUAAGAAUAUUUUCAAUCGGAAUGAAUAAUAUUGUUUCAAAUCAUUUCAUUGAAUCCAUUGCUCGAGUCGGAAAGGGAUAUGCACAAUAUGUGUCCGAUUUAGAACAAAUGAACAAGAAAGCGAUGACCAUGCUUAGGAAUUCAUUAAAUCCGCCGAUCUCAGAUUAUGAAAUUACAUGGACCGUUGAGCCUAAUGAAGAAUCUCAGAAUAGUGGCCUCAAAGUUCAGCAAGUUCCAUUGAAAAUCCCAGAACUUUACAUUGGCGUUCGUUCAAUAAUUUAUUGUAUUUUAGAGAAGGGUGUUAAACCAUGCGACCAAAUCACAUUAAAAUCAAAAUUUCAAGAUCCUUUAAUUGUUCCAUUAGAUCAAUCUCCCUUACAGGGAUCAAAAAUUCACACACUUGCUACCAAAAAACUUAUUCGAGAAAUUGAAUAUGGAAAUUAUUAUCCCAAUCAUGCAAAGAAUGAAGAAUAUAUUCGUAAACAAAUUGUGAAUUUGGCAAAAUCUUAUAAUCUUAGUUCCAAAUAUACUAGUUUUACUGCAGUUGAAACGCAAAGUAUUGAGGAUCAUGAAAAAAAGAAGCAAGAAAUUGAGAAAAAAUUGUUCGCAGAAAAAUAUCAAAUACCUAAAAUGCAAAAUGCUUUUGGAGAAAAAGCGAUGAUGAAUGAAAAAUUUAAAGAUCUCGAAAGACAAAAAGAAGUGGAAUUAAAAAAAGAAAUACUCGGAAAAGAAAACGAAAUAGAAAGACUAAAAAAAGCAGAACGCAAAAAAGGAAUAGGUUUUGAUACAAUUGAAAUAAUUAAAACGAAAAUUACUUACCCAAAAACCAAAUCACCCGAGUUUUCAUCAAGUCUUGCAACUGCAAUUAACCAUUCAUAUUUGAAAGAUGCAGCGUCUAAAUAUAAAGAUGAUUGGGUAGAGAAAUAUGAUAAAGCUCGUGACUAUCUUUCUAAACAAAUUGGUGAUGCCGAAGUUGAAAUAGAAGUAUUUGAUUCUGUUGAUGAGUAUGUAAAUGAUAAAACUACAGAUAAAGUUAUUGACGAAAAGAAACGAGAUGAAAUUGAUCUCAAAAAAGAUGAAAUACCAAAAGUAGAAGAACCUAAAGCUAAAGCCUCUCAAGAAAGAUGCAAAAAAGACAAUAGUCUUCAAUUUCCUUCGGGUGAUUUUUAUAUAAAAUCGGCUAUUUCAUUGUCUGAUGUUUCUACUUCAUCCGCAUCCGCUCAAAACAUGGUAUUCGAUAUUAAACGCAGUUUAUGCAUGCCUUGGUGUAUUGUCAAGGAUGGAACAAAAGCCAUUAUCGCCCAACAAAAGAACGUUGAUCAAGAUGGCCAUCAACUUUGGCAUCAUGAAAAUGGUUUGCUAAUUAACAAGCAAACAAAUUUAUGCCUAGAAGUGGAAUCAGUGAAAGAAGGGACCUAUCUCAGUGUUCACCAAAAAAGAAAUUCGAAUCAAUCUAAUAAUCAGCGUUGGAUCCUUACCACUGAGGGACAUAUAGCGUUAAGAAAAAAUCCUAAAUUCGUGAUUGAGGUCCUCUUUAAAGGAACAGCUGUGAAAGAUGGAUCAUAUCUUACUCUCACCAAUACUAAAUCGAAGAACUUUAAAGACGACCUUAGAUCUAAAUUUGUUAUUGUUCAUAAGAAACAACAUCUUGAUUGUGCUAUUAUCGGUAUUAUUAGACUAGAAUUAAUAAGUGCCAAAAACAUCGAUUCUUCCUUUACUAAAGGAAAGUCUUAUAUUCGAAUUUUUAAUGAGGCUAGCAAAGAAACUGUUACGCAAACUAAAAUUAUUGAUAAUGAUUUGGAUCCCAUCUGGAAUGAAGUUCAUUAUCUUCCAAUUAAAAAUAUUGGCGACAAAUUCAUGUUCGAUGUGAUGGACUACUGUUCUAGUACGGAAGAUAAAUCGCUCGGAAAUUAUCAUUUUGAGGUUAAUCGAGAUUUUGUCAAAGAAAUUUCUGAAGGUAUUUAUGAAGGCACACAAAAUGACAUCGAUAUUUGGGCGAAACUUUCAACUAAGGGUCAAAUUCAUUAUAGAGCAAAAUUUUUCUCUCUUGAACCUCUUCCAAUACCAACACCUGAUUUUCUUUCGGACCUUAAGGAAAAUCCUUUUAAUUUAUCAACGCUUUGCGUUAUCAUCGCUUUACAAGCACUAAAUGGAAGUUUUCCACCUUCAAAUACAUUAGCCAAUUUAUUUGGGUAUGAAUCACCAGUGAAGCUCUUCGAUUUAUACAAAUCACAUUGUUGCGAAGAUCGUGUCUUAAAUAUUGAUAAAACAGUAUGGACCACUAGUAUGAUCAUAUGGUUCUUGAAAUCUAUGUUAAAAGAAUACCGACGCGAAUGGGCUAGCAUUUAUGAACGUGCCGAACAAUACAUUAAUGAUGAAGUACAUUGUGAUCAAGAAAUCGAAAAAAUUGUGUUGGAUACUGGUGAGAAGGCAGUUCAUGGGAGGUUCAAUAUUAGAUAA